AUGGGCUUGUGUUUAGAAAAGAUAGAAAAGUCUAUCUCAUACAUGGACGACACUUAUGAUGCAAACUUCGGAGAAUGGAUAAGAAACGAGGAUAAUGCACGUAUAGUUGCAUACAACAUGAAGAAGUAUGUUGAUAAUUAUAAGACGUCGGACUUCAUAAUUGUCGUGAAGUGGAUAGUCAAGGACUGGACAUUGAAGUCCAUAAUAAUCUUUUCUAAGAAAAUGCUGGUUGAGGAUAUCAAAGUCCUGAGCUUCAGGAGAACAGAAGAAGAUAAAGAAAAAUACAACAAAAGAGUUAGAAUAAUUUCCGGGCUUAUAUUUACCUGGAAUCCAGUGUUUAUCACAGAGUUUAUGGUCUCGAUAACACGGUCUUUUGCAGCAAACGAGAAGUCAAGGCUCCUGAUAAGUUUACUAGAAGCUUUUGAGCCCAGAAAGCUUUCGGAAAUCUUAUCCCAGCUCGAGACUAAGAUUGAUCAGAAAGCCUGGAAUGAACUCUUCAAAACAUUCAAUGAAGAAGCUUCCAAAAAGUCUAGGCCUCGAAGCAAGAGAACAGCCAGUAUACUUCGAGCAUAUAACUUAUCUUAA